GUACUCUAUUUUGACAGUAUGCUUUGUUGCUAGGUGGUUAGCGCCCAUAGUUACCACUCUCCCCCAGCAUGCACUGCUUCCAAGGGAUCUUUGCGAUAUAUGGAUGAAUAUAAGAGCCUACUUUGGUGACUGAACCAAGAAAAUAAUGGAAAAAGAACAGUACAACACUGUGAUCUUCAAUGCUUCUAAAAAGGAGUUGUUUUCUACGAACAAUGGAUACAAAGCCGUGCAGAAGAGACUAAGAGCUCAAUGGAAAAUACAAAGUAUGAAGGAAGAACUGUCGUCGGAAAGGUUGAAGGGCGUCAAGCUAUGGAUAACUGCAGGACCAAGGGAGAAGUUCACAGCAUCAGAGCUGGAGGUGCUGAAGCACUACCUGGACGGAGGAGGGAAUAUCUUGGUCAUGCUUGGUGAAGGAGGAGAAAUGAAAUAUGACACUAACAUUAAUUUUCUCCUGGAGGAGUUUGGAAUAAUGGUCAACAAUGAUGCUGUUGUGAGGAAUGUAUAUUACAAAUACUUCCAUCCAAAGGAAGCGCUUGUGUCCAAUGGUGUAUUGAACAGAGAAAUCAGCCGUGCUGCUGGUAAAGUGGUCACAGGAAUCAUUGAAGAUGAAAAUGUUGGAAACAAUUCACAGGCUCUCACAUUUGUUUACCCGUAUGGUGCCACGCUGAGUGUGAUGAAGCCUGCCGCCGCUGUUCUUUCAACCGGUUCGGUCUGCUUUCCCCUCAACAGGCCUGUCCUGGCCUUCUAUCAGGGCAAGGAGUCCGGCAAACUGGUUGUUCUGGGUUCCUGCCACAUGUUCAGUGACCAAUACAUAGACAAAGAGGAGAACAGUAAAAUCAUGGAUGUUGUGCUCCAGUGGCUAAUGACUGAUACUAUCCAGCUAAAUCAGAUUGAUGCAGAAGACCCGGAGAUCACAGAUUACACCAUGUUGCCAGAUACAGGGUGCUUGUCAGAACAGCUCAGAGUGUGCUUACAAGAGGGUGAUGAAAACCCCCGGGACUUCACUUCUCUCUUUGAUAUGUCUUUGUUCAAUCUAUCUACUGACGCUUUACCCCAAGUCAUCAGUGCUUACAAGCAGCUUAACGUCAAAGACGAGCCUCUCCAGCUGAUCACACCACAGUUUGAAACCCUUCUGCCUCAGCUUCAACCUGCUGUCUUUCCACCUGCUUUAAAUGAUUUGCCUCCACCCAUGCUGGACCUGUUUGAUCUAGACGAAACAUUUUCAUCUGAGAAAGUGCGGCUAGCACAGCUCACCAAUAAAUGUACAGAUGAUGAUCUUGAGUUUUACGUGCGCAAAUGUGGUGAAAUUCUUGGGGUGACUGCCAAGUUGGAUAAAGACCAUAGGGACGCCAAGCACAUCUUGGAGCACAUUUUCUUCCAGGUUGUUGAAUUCAAGAAGCUCAAUCAGGAGCAUGAUAUCGACACUGAAGCACCAUUCACCCCACAGUGACUGGAUUCCAACAACGUUUUGAAUGUUUUCAGCUCCGUCUUUAAUAAAUGCUGCGUAGGGAUGGAGCAGAUUUGUGUACAUAGUCAUGAAGGAGAGAGGGCUGUUACAGUGGUGGUGGGAAACAAAGUUAUAAUUUUCUAUUGUAUUUCAUUGUGCAAAUCACAUUACAAGAAUAUACUAAAGCAAAUAAAGUUAUUCAUUCCUUUAUUAAAAUAUUCAAUUAUUUAAAAAAAAGAAAAAAAAAAGCAUUUUGUAAUUAUGCACAUGGAGCCUUCUGCAUUAGUCGUCUACAUGGAUCCUGUAAAAACAGAAAUAGUGUAUGAGCUAGAACACGGAUUUGCAGAUUUUAAUAGAGUAUAAAAUUAUUUUUAAAAGAAAACUGAUGAUCUUUACAUUUUUCAGGGAGAAACUUCAGCUCGUGAAUGUUGGGAUUUUGGACUCCAUGUUUGCUCCUGAAUGCUGCCCUCCAUGUUGAUUCUGGGGCUGUUGCUCUCUGAUUUGAUCACAGACACAUCCCAUGACAUUUGUGAGGCUGUGAGAUCACUGUAUGAUUGAUCAAAAUAAGCAGCCUUCUGCUGCUUUUGAAGAAGCAUUUGGGGAGUUGAGGACAUUCCCUGCAAAGGUACCACUAGGUGACAACUGGCAGCCUUCUGAGUGUUCAAACUAUUCAGUGAAAACCCCUGACUGGGAGAAAUGGGGUCUGAUGACAGGCAGAGAGAAGCGAAGAUGGACACUCUGGAGUCAGAUCCAUCAGCUACUGUAUCAUUUGACACUCUUGAUAUGGACAGUUGCUCCAGUGACAAAGCAGACAGCAAACUCUGUUCCCCGAAAAACUUUCUGUCAAGCUCCGAUGGAGAUGAGCACUCAAAGCUUUUCAUAUCUAGAAAGUACAAUGUUAGGCACUGCUUAGAAUCGACUUAUCUGAACAGACAUGAAUAAAUCAUUUUCAGAAUAA